AUGGCUGACUCUACCUCGCUCUCCGGGGCGCACGUCAUUCUCCUAGCGACCAGUCUCUGUGCCACUGGCAACCCCUCCUUCCUCCCGCAAUUACAAGCCCGAUGUCCGGCCACUUUGACGGCGGAACGACUGCUACGCAUCGUUCUCACAUUUCUGCCCGAGAGCACGGAGCCGAAAAGCUACGUCCCUGUAGUUCAAACUAUAGUGGAAGGACCAAUAUCUCGCUCGGACAGUGAUGAUGUUGACGUAUCCCCGGUCAAGGAUCUCUCUGAAGCUACCGCAAGGAAACGUGUACGGAAGCUUCGCCUAUUACCAUUGAAAUAUCCGGGGGAUGAGGACAGUCAAGAUUCAACAGAUUUGUUGACCAUUUUCUUGAUACACCGAGCCCACCGUAUCGACUCAGAAACCUCUCUUCAACCGCUCAUCCUCGACCUUCUCCUCCCGUUCUAUCAGCGAUCCCCCGUCAUACGAACAUGGCUCGUCUCUUGUCUCCUGCCGCUUCUCCGAUUGAAUUACGAAUACUACCCUAGUCAAGACAAGUCGUGCUCCGUGGAAACGUUAAGUUCGUUGGAUGACCAGACUGCAACGAACAUCCUUCUUUCCAUGGCUGGGACACGGAAGAAUGACACGGACUUGAUCAAGAACCUACGUGGGCUAGUUGGGCCAUGGAUGUACGGCAGUAACCGGCCUAGGCGACAACGUUUCAGUCAGACAGCGCGUCGAAACUCAAUCCCUCUCUCGCAGAUUAAUGUCAAUGAAGAUGAUGGAACAUCUGGGUGGGAGUACGUGAACGAGUGGCUAUUAUCUCGCAGCUCUGCGGACCCGGAAGCAGUAGUCACUGCCUUCGUCAACUGGGAUGGUCCGGAAGAUGUUGAUCUAGGGGGAUAUGUUGGUGAAGAGGAGAAACUGUCAAACGAUCAGUCAAAGCAGCUACGGUUUAGAUAUGGACAGGCAGGUCUAGCUGUCAUUUAUCACAGUCCGGAAGUGUCUCUGGAAGGGUCAAUCCGUGUACUUGAACGGGUUGCCAGCUUAUUGGGCUCGGAGGGGUCACUUUCUAUCACAUCCGAUAGUUCAGCUCUUCCUUCAGUUGAGUUCGAUGCCAACCCAAUUCAGUCGGCCUCGAGAGCCACGCUGUUCCAGAACGCUCUCCUCACCCCCAAAAAUCCGCUAACCUAUCCCUCGCCAUCUUCAAUCUCGUUCCUCAGUGGCCUUCUUCUUUCACUGCGCGUUCUUAAAGAGUUGGGGCAUCCCAUUCCGUGUAGGACAGCGACAAAUAUCUGCCUUCAUAGCAACGAAGAUAUGCAGUUGUUCGAGUUGCGCAGUAUGAUGACGUCUAUUGCCCAGUCGAGGCCCGGAAAAGAUUGGAGAACAGUCCGUCAGAAGCUGUUAUGGUUGAGGGAUUGGAAGUCAGAGAAGGAAAGGACAGCCUCGAGCGACUUGAGCUGCCACGGCCUCUUCUACAGGGUCCCACUGGAUGCUAUAGAGGCAGAGAUCUUGAAGGUUCUGCUAGAGGUCAAAGAGUACGAGCUUUCUGUCGAUAUCUAUGUGAAGUCUAGUUCUGCCCUGAACCCGGCCCAGGUAGAGGAUGCAGUAAAAGAAUCCAUAUACUCAGCGUACGACAACGCGAGCAACGGUAAUAGAUCACGAGGCAGGAUGCAAAAAGCAUACGAAGUCCUACAAGCUUUCCAGCCGCACUUCCCAGAAUCUACCUCCUUGAAACAAAUCCAAGCCCUAAUCUCCGCAACCCACGCUCUAUCCUUCUACUCCCUAACGCUGCAACACGGUGUUCCUUUCCAACCUGUCAGCAUCCGCGUCCAUCCAGACCCUCUCUCCCUGAUCGAAAAGGUGCUCGAUCAAAACCCCAGAAGCUACACUAAACUUGACGACCUCCUCUUCAUCGGCCGAAACCUAGUCUUAGCCGGCUAUCCCCCACGCCCAGCCGAUGACACCGACUCCCACUCCCAUUAUACGCGCCGCCCUGCUCUGUCGCAAGAAGAUGCUCUCAUCACAGCAGAACGACGCAUCAUGUCUCUCGCCAUCUCAUCCGCCCUUUCCUCAGACGACUUCGGCACCGCCUACUCCUACAUCCUCACUCGCCUCACCCCGCAGACCUCCUCCGCCACAUCCUCCCUCACCACUCCUCCCGUCUUAAAAGACGACAUCACCUGGCGCGCCGUCUACAACGCGGGCCGCUACCGCCCCACGCACGCCCCAUCGUCAUCCACCCCGCCAACCCUGCACACCCAAAUCAUCCAUCUCUCCCAACGCAUGGAACUCCUCUCCCUCUCGCUCAUCCUCGCACCGACCCCCGAUCCACUCCCAGAGAUCCUCGGUGCCUGGCGCCGCGCAGACGAAGAGCUCUCUCUCCUCCGAGCGCGCGAAAAUGAGGAAGAAGACGCCUGGGACGCUAAGGGUGAUCGAACAACAACAACCACCCUCCUCCCCGGCGGCUUCAACCAACCAGACACCGAACAGGACGUCUUCGAAACAAAACAGCAGCACGCCCGGCGCGCCGCCCGCGCCGCCCACCAUAGCCGUCUUGACUCGGGCGAGGCACCAAUGGGUCUCUUUGAGGUUGCACGCGGUGCGGCAAGGGCACUACACAAGAACGUUAAUGCUACCUUCCCGUUAUCGGCAUCUGCGUCUGUCUCUCCUUCGUCUUCAAUGUCCCUCGUUGAUCGCGCUUCCGAGGACGAUGACGAGAAUCCGAACGGCAACGGUGACAAUGAUGCGGGAAGAGUGCGCAAGCGAGAUGUUGUCAGUAACAUGGUUACGGGUGGUCUGGCGAGCGGCAUAGGCUGGGUUUUGGGCGCGCAGCCGGUUAACAUGAAUAAUAGGCAGUAG